UUCUGGUCUUCCAGAAAGCGGAAGUGAAUCUGUCACCUGACUUUAGCUUGUCAUUCACAGACACAGCAGAAAGGCAGAUUUAAGCUCUCUGAUCUACAUUUAAUUACCUACGCGAUGGCAGGACGGGGUAAAUUAAUCGCAGUUAUAGGGGAUGAAGACACGUGCACUGGUUUCCUUCUCGGAGGAAUCGGUGAGCUGAACAAAAACCGCAAACCGAAUUUCUUGGUGGUGGAGAAAGACACCAGUGUGACCGAGAUAGAAGAGACAUUUAAGAGUUUCCUGACUCGCAACGAUAUUGGUAUCAUCCUAAUCAACCAAUUCAUUGCUGAGAUGAUCCGGCAUGCAAUAGAUGCUCAUAUGCAGUCCAUCCCUGCUGUAUUGGAGAUCCCCUCUAAAGAGCAUCCUUAUGAUGCUUCCAAAGACUCAAUCCUACGCAGGGCUAAGGGCAUGUUCUCUGCUGAGGAUUUCCGAUAACUGUUCUAGCAUUGUCAAGCCACAGAAGCAUUGAAUGCAUUUAUAAAUAUAAAUGUUAAUGUUGAUGUUGUUCAUUGUCUCCCAUUUCCUUAUAUUUAAAAAAUACUUGAACUAAGAUUACUGAUUAAAAAAUGUGUGAUGUGUACUUUUGUGAUUUAUGAAGAACAAAUCUAGAUAUGUGUUGACUUAAUAAUCUCUAAAAUGGUCUCUGAGUUUUGUGAAUGUAAACUGAGUUUGUGUUAAUUAAAAAUGAAUAAAAAAAUCUAAAGUCUG